AUGCCUUCUCCACGGCGCACAAGACUGCUGGUGAUCGCAGUGAUCGCGAUCAUCAUCCUGACGUUCUAUUACUCGGGCGAAGGAAGCAGUAUUCAAAACCAGAAAUUCUAUAAAUCAACCCUUGAAGCGAUGAGGGCGAAGGAGAAUGCGAAGCAUGAGAAGGCCCAGGAUGCGGUGACUAAACCUGCUGUCGCCCAAGCGGAAAGUGCAGAGAAGCCGGCUGUCCCUGUCGCGAACGUCGGUGACGAUAUGGAGGAGAUUUCUAUUGCUGGACGGACAAAGAUGACUGUCCCUAAAAAGGUCUCUCAGGACUCUUUGUCGACCGAGCAGGGCUCAGGAUUUGGAUCUGCAUCGGACUCCGAGUCUGAUACUAAGAAGACAGAGGAAGAGGAGCCAAAGCUGGAUGCGAAGACUGAGCUGAAUGACAUUCUCAAGCGGGCACCUAUCAUCAUCUUCUCGAAAUCUUACUGCCCCUACAGCAUGAAAGCUAAGCACAUCCUAUUAGAGGGCUACACUAUCUCGCCGGCGCCGUUCGUCGUGGAGCUCGACAAGCACCCCAUUGGAAAGGAAAUCCAGGCUCUCUUGAAAGAGACUACAGGCCGUGGUACUGUGCCCAAUAUCCUUGUCAAUGGCAAGAGUAUCGGUGGAGGCGAUGAUAUUGCUGCUAUGGAUCAGAGCGAUGACCUGGCGACGCGGUUGCGGGAGUAUGGCGGCAAAUGGGUUGCCGAUGUUUCGCGGGGUCCACCGAAGCAGCACAUGUAA